UUCAUCAUUUUAUAUCAAGACUUGAAACCUGCAUGUUUUUCUAACAUUAUGAAUGAGUCAAUAUUCUUUUUUUUAGUCAUAAGGACGCCUAACUUAAUUUAUUUAGCGUCCUCUAUCGCACCACAAUCGAUUUAAUGUAGCGAUCAGAAAUAUCCGGAAAGACAGAACACAACGACUGAAUUAGUCAGUACUGUUUAAAACAAAAUUUAAAGGAGACCAAAACUGUACACGGUAUUCCAAGUGAGAUUUGAUUAAGGAUUUGUUCCUGUUUUGACUUCUAGACAGUAUGUCUACAAUACAUCCUAAAAUUGCAUUAUAAUUAUUACUGCUAGUAAUAGAACACUGCUUCAAUUUCAAAUUGGCAAGAGUUUAAUUAUGGUUCUCUCACAGUAUCAGUAUUACUAAUGGAAGUAAAGUGUAAAAAUCCAAGCAAUAAUUCCCAAGGCAUUCAAAUUCAAUUAAAAACAAGGGUCCAGUGUGGCUGACUUUAGUAUCAAUAUUAAUAACAACCUUUUGCUUUCUCAAUUCCAACCAAUGUGAUUUCCUUAGCAAAUCUUUUUGUGUGACACUAUGAAAAGCUUUUUGAAAAUUUUAUAUACAUAUAUCAUGUCAACACUAGUUCCAUUGUCCAGAAAACAAGUAAUAUCCUGAAAAAUGUAACGGAUUAGUAAUGAAAGACUUCCCUUUGGUGAAAUUAUGUUAUCUUACAUUUAUGAUCUCAUAUUUUACACUAAAUGAUCUUAUGAAGCUUCUUUUAUCAGACUAGAAUUUUUUCCACUUUAGAAGUAGAACUAACUGAUCUAUAAAUAUAAUCUACAGGACAAUUCUUAUCACCCAAUCUCAAAAUAGGAGUAAUAUUAGCAACUCUACAAUAUUUAGGCACCUGCCUACUGUUUAUUGGCCUACCAAAAAAUGAGAGAGAGAGGUUCACAUACCUGAUCUUUGACCUUUAAAACCUUGAUAAAAACCAUGUCUUUCUAGCAGAAACAGCCUUAGCCCAAAUGGUGCCCUUGGCAGAAUUAUCCUUUCUCGUCUUGUAUGUUUCUUACAUUUUUCAUCCUCUUUAUUCAAUUUUUUUUCUCUUCAUUGACAUGCCAGAUUCUCAAAAUUUUCACAUCACUUCAACUGUACUACUGAUAAAAUGACACGUAUAUAUAUAUAUGAAACAUAUGUAAAAAUAGGACAUAAAGAAUUGUUGAAAAACUAGUGGGCAUUACUGGACAUGCCUUAAGUUUAAGAUUGUAUUCAUGCAAUCAAUAAUUUUUGAGGGGCUUUUUGCACUACCAGGGAAGUUGCUUGGUUUGCCUAGCCCUGGAGCCAGCCUUGCAGCAUAGUAAUUUCUUUCUUUUUUAAUUUUCCAUAUUUUUACAUAUCACCAAAAUAUCAAUAUGUACAUGAUUCAGUACAACUCCAGUACCUUCCAUAGAAUGCUCAAAGUCAGGAAUAGUGUAAAUACAUCCUCACUGAUAAAAAAGAGAACAUUUAAAAGCUCAUUCAACAAAAGCUUUGCUAUGAGCAUCUUUUAAGGACCCAAUUCCCUUUUUAACACUUGUCUUAUCAUUAACAUCUGUAAAACAAAAAAAUUCUUGUUAGUUUUAACAUUAUCAGCCAGCUGUUUCUCAUAAGCCAUUUUGGGUUUUGUAACUUCAUUUUAACCAACUCCCUAGUUUUCCAAUAGUUAUAUAAACUUCCAUCUGGCAAUUGAAAGUUAAAGUCAACUGAAUUAGUUAGGAUGGAGGAAUGUUAAUGUGGAAGACUUACUACCUACACAUGUAGUGGCAGAUCAUCAUUUUUUACUGUGGACACAUUGGUUGUAGCUUAAAUAUUCAAAAUACAGUUUAUACAAAACUAAUCUUUAUAAGAAAUGUUGCGAGUGGGGGUUAUAGGAGCAGGAGCUGCUGGUCUUUCUGCAGCUCGUCACUUAGCGGCUCAGUCUGAUCACUUUAACUUUGUGGUGUAUGAACAGACUGGGGAGGUGGGAGGAACGUGGUAUUAUCGAGAUGAAGUAGGCACAGAUGAAUUUGGACUUCCUAUUCACUCUAGUGUGUACAAAAAUAUGAGAACAAAUAUACCCAAAAACAUCAUGGCGUUUCCAGAUUUUCCUUUUCCCAUUAAGGAAAAUUGCUGCUUUGUACACCAUAGUGAAGUUCUUUCAUACCUUAAAGAUUACACCAAAUAUUUUGAUGUGGCUAAGUUUAUUCAGUUUCACAGUUAUGUCCAGGAAGUCAGGCCAGUUACUAAAGACACUGGUCAAAUACUUUGGAAUAUUAGUACAAAGAAUUUAGUGACUAAGGUAAUAAAACAGGAAGUAUUUGAUGCUGUCAUCAUUUGUAAUGGCCGGUUUACUAAGCCCAAGUAUCCUGAUAUCCAGGGAAUAGAAUCCUUUCCAGGUUGGGUUCUACACAGUCAUGAUUACCGUGUUAAUGACCCCUUCAAAGGAAAACAAGUAGUUAUUCUUGGAGGUGGCCCAUCUGGUAUUGAUAUCUCCAGAGAAAUUGCAGAAGUUGCAGAACAGGUUCUUUUUAGCCAUAAUUUAGAUAAGAAGCAUCCUGAAAAAGUACCACAAAAUUUUACAGAGAUAUGUGGUAUUUCAGAGAUUAAUGGACCAGUGGUUAAGUUUAUGAAUGGUCAUCAAUUUGAAGCAGAUGUUAUUUUGCUCUGUACAGGGUAUAACUUUGACUAUAAUUUUUUGCAUCCAAAAUGUAAUGUGUCGGUUAAGAAUCAGAGAGUGGUUCCUCUUUACAAACACCUCAUUCACUGCGAGUUCCCAACAAUGGCCAUUUUUGGCGUGCAGAGCUUAACGUUACCUUUUCAACUCUUCCACCAGCAGGUUCUUCUUUUUCUUAAAGUCCUAAGAGGAUCAGUAAAAUUACCAAGUGAAAAAGAAAUGAAAGAAGAUGCUGAAGCUGAUUUUAAUUAUCGCAUCGAGAUGGGCUUACCUGCAAGAUAUGCACAUAAAAUGUCAAAUGGACUAUUAUGGAAAUAUGAUGAUGAUAUUUCUAGACUUGGUGAUUUUCAGCCAAUCCCUAAGAUUGUUAGAGAUCAGUUUGAUAAUAUAUCAUAUGCAUGUAGUUAAGUGGAAAUACGUGGAAUGGGCUUGAAUGCAUCCCUGUGUAAUUAAAUUACUGACGAUUUAAUAUACUUUUGGGUUUCAUAUAACUUCCAGUUCGAACAGAACUGAGGAAAAAAACAAAUACAAUUUUAUGUUUCACAAAUAAUUCAUUUAUUAACAACUAUUGUUUCACCAGUAAAGACAUCAUCAGGUACCUAAUCAUGCAUCAAUGGUACCUAAUCAGCCCAUUCAAGCCAUCUCCAAGCAUUAUUAGUCUCAAAGUGGGUUCCUUGUUAUCGAAUAAUGUGCCGAAAUUCUUGUGUAUUUUUAUUUUUGGCAAGUUCAAAAGCCAAACAUUGUUACCAUAAGUUUUGUGUGCCAAUAGUGUUCUUUUAUAUGCUAGAUAUUUUUUCUGCAUAAUAAAUAAAAAUCUGAUUGUUA